AAAAAAAAAAAAAAAAAAGGGAAAAGUAAAAGCGUCCUCCAUUCGAUCUUCCUCUCCGCAGAAGAAUUCAUCUUGUUCUUCGUUGGAUCACAGAGAGAGAAACAGGGAAUUCAGGUCUGCGAAACACGUAACACUUCUAAUUUUGAGAGAGAGAGACACGGACAGACGGAGAUCUAGAGAGAGCAUUAUAUGAAUAUGGCUACGCUUCAGACAUGGAGGAAAGCUUAUGGCGCUCUCAAGGAUUCUACCAAAGUUGGCCUUGCCCAUGUCAAUAGCGAUUAUGCGGAUUUGGAUGUGGCAAUAGUCAAAGCUACUAACCACGUCGAGUGCCCGCCGAAAGAGAGACACCUCAGGAAAAUUUUGGUUGCUACAUCGGCAAUCAGGCCCCGUGCUGAUGUUGCUUAUUGCAUUCAUGCCCUUGCCCGACGAUUGUCCAAGACGCGUAAUUGGACGGUAGCUUUGAAAGCGUUAAUAGUCAUACAUAGGACUUUGAGGGAGGGCGACCCAACAUUCAGGGAAGAACUUUUGAAUUUUACACAAAGAGCUAAAAUCCUUCAAUUAUCCAAUUUUAAGGAUGAUUCAAGUCCUAUUGCUUGGGAUUGCUCUGCAUGGGUACGUACAUAUGCAUUGUUUUUAGAGGAGCGACUCGAAUGUUUCAGGAUACUGAAGUAUGACAUUGAAUCUGAACGCCUGCCAAGACCUGCCCAAGGUCAGGAUAAGGGCUACAGCAGAACCAGGGAACUGGACAGUGAAGAACUGUUGGAACAUUUGCCUGCUUUGCAACAGCUGUUGUAUCGUCUUAUUGGCUGCAAGCCGGAAGGAGCAGCUAUUGGGAAUUAUGUUAUACAGUAUGCCUUGGCACUGGUAUUGAAAGAGAGCUUUAAAAUCUAUUGUGCUAUUAAUGAUGGAAUUAUAAAUCUUGUUGACAAGUUUUUUGAGAUGCCAAGACACGAGGCUAUCAAAGCCCUUGAUAUCUAUAAAAGAGCUGGCCAACAGGCAGGAAGCCUAUCAGAUUUCUAUGAUAUUUGCAAAGGGUUAGAACUUGCUCGGAAUUUCCAGUUUCCUGUUUUAAGAGAGCCCCCACAGUCAUUUCUUAAUACGAUGGAAGAGUAUAUUAGGGAGGCACCACGAGUUGUUACAGUACCAAAUGAACCACUGCUGCAACUUACUUACAAGCCGGAAGACUCUCCUUCAGAAGAUCCGAACUUACCAACAGAUGAACCAGAGGCUUCUCCUUCAGAUGAUCUCUCUAUUACUCCUGUUGAGACGGCUCCAGCACCACCUCCAGCACCAGCACCAGUUCCUGCUCCAACCCAUUCAGAGACUGGAGAUUUAUUGGGAUUGAGUCUUGCUACCACAGAAGUAUCCGCCAUUGAGGAGAGAAAUGCUUUGGCCUUAGCUAUAGUUCCUUCUGGUGAUGCAGCAGUGUCCACUUUUCAUUCCAAUGGUGUGCAGGCAAAGGAUUUCGAUCCUACUGGUUGGGAGCUAGCCUUGGUCACCACUCCAAGUGGUAACCUUUCAUCAGCUAAUGAGAGACAACUGGCUGGUGGGUUGGACACGCUCACUCUCGAUAGUUUAUAUGAUGAAGGUGCGUAUAGAGCUUCUCUACAGCCAGUGUACGGUAAGCCUGCACCAAACCCAUUUGAAGUGCAAGAUCCGUUUGCAUAUUCAAAUGCCGUCGCUCCACCUCCAUCGGUUCAAAUGGCGCCACUAGCUCAGCAGCAGGCGGCCAAUCCUUUUGGUCCUUACCAACCCACCUUCCCACAGCAGCAACAACAACCAUUUACAAUGGACCCAACAAAUCCUUUUGGUGAUGCAGGUUUCAGUGCAUUCCCUGCUCCCAACCACCAUACCGUACCUCCACCCACAAGCAAUCCAUUCGGAAGCACAGGCCUGCUGUAGAGAGCGCUCGUAUCUCCAACAUGUAAUUUAGUCAACAGAUUUGGUUUCAUCAUAUUCGGCGGGAUGUAAAGGGUCGGCUUUUCUUGAACGAGCUGCAAAGAAUGGUUGGUUUGGGGCGUGCGACAUUCAUUUGUUUGGUUGAAACUUCCAGCGAGAGAGUGAAUAGUGAAAGGUGUAAUAAUUAGUGAAUGAAACUAAUGACCAUUUCAAGUUAGUUUCGGAAUACUUGGAACUAUGCUGUCCUAUUAGCUGAUUGCGAGUGCAUUUCUCAUAGAAUUUGGCUAUAAUUUUUAUGCAUACGUAUGUAAUUCAUCAAUUCAUCACAUUUCUGAUCCUUC